CAAGGUACCUGAACGCAGCAGAAGGAUACGGAUAUGUCGCGAAGGAUGUUGCGUAUUGAUGACACGAUUCAAAAUGGCGGCGCUGGCGUCCUUGAUGCUGAAGUCCAGAGCAGGUCUUCUGGUUUCCAGUGAGUCCUAUUUGCUGGACUCGGUGAGGUUUGCGUCCAAGAAGGCCGGAGGCAGCUCAAAAAACCUCGGAGGGAAGAGCCCCGGCCGGAGGUUUGGUUUUAAGAAAGUGGAUGGUAACUUUGUACAUGCUGGGAACAUCCUUGCAACACAGAGGAAGUUGAGGUAUCACCCUGGAGCACAUGUUGGCCUGGGAACCAACAACACCCUCUUCGCACUGGAGGACGGCCACGUCAGGUUCACCAAGGAGGUCUACAUCCCACCGCCCCGAAACCCCGAGGUCACCCGCGUCAUCACCAAGCUGCCUAAAGGAGCCGUGCUCUACAAGACCUUCAUCAACGUGAUGCCGGUGAAACAGGAGGGCAAAUUCAAACUAGUGGACCUGGUCUGAAAGAGCUGGAGUGCAACGAGGACUUCGUAUUUUUCUUUUGGGCAGAGCAACAGAAAACCGAAAAGUCAGUGGACUGAACUGACUCCUAACCUGGCUGCUGAUUAUACUGACGGCUCCAUUCUGACUCCUCAGAAAGCUGAACAUGAUUAACGGAGCCUUCUUCAGUGUCGCUUUGAUACAUUUCCUGUUGCAUUCAGAACUAAUUCUCAUUAAAGAAAAUGAAGUCAGUCUGUCACUAAUGUAUUUAUAAUAGUUCCUGAAAAUCACAGAUUGUUGUGCAUGAGAUAGAUUAGUUAGAUGACACAGCUGAUCAUCUUCUGUAAUAAAGUUUAAGUAAAAGUCUUAAUGCUGAA